GGCUCGUGCGGAAGCCUGCCCCGUGGUCCAAGGAGAGCGGCCUCACGGAGAAGAAGAUCCGCGAGCUGGUGCAGCAGUGCAUCUCCCAGCACGCGGGCAGCACCAAGGGGCCCCCAUCGCCUACGGCACCAGCGUCAUCAGGAGCGGGCGCCGGUUGCAAGGAGCAGGCGCAGCACGUGCAGGGCAACAUCCAGCAGCGCACGGAGCUCCAGGCGAAGAUCAACUUCCACGAGAAGAGCCUCAAGGAGUGCAAGAUCGUGGAGGCAGAGGGCGGCCCAAUUCACCUCCUGCACCAGCGGGCCCUCGACGUCCUUCGGCAGCAGGCGCGUGAAUUGCGCCCCCCAGGCGCUGCUUACAAGGCCUCGUCCCAGAAGCUCGCGCGGUGCAUGCAGCAGCUGGACCGCUUCACGAGCGACCUGCAGGGCCUGGAGGCGCAGCUGGAGGCUACCCAGCGCAAGAUCCAGGAUAAGCAGGAGGCCAUUGCGGCUAAACAGGCUGAGGUGGAGGUCCUGCGAAAGGAGAAUGCGAAGCACGAGCAAACCAUGCAGGCUGCACGUGGUGAGAAGCCCCACCCAGUCAUCAAGGAGGAAGACCUGGUUGGCUUCGACCUCGCCGAGCAGCUCGACGACGAUGGCGCGAAGGAGGCCCUCGAGCAGUUCAAGGCGAGCCCCCACUUCGGCAAGAUCCAGGCGGCCCUCCGCAAGCAGGCGGCGGAGAAGCUGGCUACGGUCAUGGCUGAGGAACCUGGAGGCGAUAAGCGCGGAGCCGCCUGGGUGGAGCUGGCCAAGGAUGACGUCGGCGCCCUCUGGCAGCAGCUCCUCAGCAGCGGACAGCAGCCUACGGACUGGACCAAGGAGAAGCUGGACGACGCCUUCACGCAGGUCCAGCACAGCAAGCACCGCAGCGGGCUACUGGCUGCCAGCGCGGGCGCCAAGCAGCUACACGUACCAGCAGCGGUCACCAUCACGCACACCUUCGAGACCUUCAACGCCAACCAGGGAAAGCUAACCCUCCAGAAGCGGCUGAGAAGGUCAACAGCAAUGGUCAUCAUGGCUCAGGAGAUAGGCCUGGCAGUCUUCGCCAGGGAGGGGAUCGGGCUGCGCGGGCCCACUUACCCUGGCGAGGCCCCGCCCAGACGUGCAGGCAGCGUCAACGAGACCAUUGCGCACGGCACCGAGCUCGUCCGUGGCAGGGCUCAACACGUCGUCGUGGAGCUGCCGAACUGGCCGCCGCUCAACGUCGCCAACGUGUACCUCCACACAGGGGAGGGCAUGAGCAGCCGCAACGCAAGUAUACUCAUGACGGUGGGGCUCGCGCUUGCGGGCCAGGCGCGCCCUGGCAUCAUUGGCGGCGACUGGAACAUGGACGUGCAGGUUGUCAAGAACUCCGGCUUCCCCGUGCACGCGCAGCUGGAGAUGGUCACCCCGAGGCACGCGACCUGCAGGACAGCGGCGUCGGUGUCAACCAUCGACUACUUCGGGCUGACCACGGGAGCCAUGCGCAUGCUAGCUGCAUGCAACGCAGACUUGACCUGGUCGGUAAAGCCGCAUCGACCAGUGCAGCUUCAACUGACAGCGGAGGGCACCAAGCUCAGGUACCUCACCUACGUAGGCGGUGCGAAGAUACCAGCGCAGAUUGUCCAGGCGCUGAGCAUGGCCAAGGAGGCGCCUGCUGCAGUCGCCCGGCGUUUCCUCUCGAAGGCUUGGGGCAGAUGGGCGACCAGGGCAGCCUCGAGGCUCGGGCACCUCACUGGUACGGAGACGCGGGCCAGCGCCUACGCGCGUCCGCUCCAAGCCAAGUGGGUCGAGCGUGAGCACCAGGUCCUCACGGAGGAUGAGGUACAGGCGGUCGCGGAUGGAUGGAAGUGGCUGCAGGACUGCCUGGCGGGCCUCAUCACCGCAAAGGCGAACGCCAGGACACCCGAGGGCCGACAGUUUCUCGACAACGAGCUGCAAGGCUUCCUCAGUGUAGACUACUGUGGGCAGAACCUAAGCGCGAGGCUCGACGCAUCAGUUCGGCAUGCUCGGCAGAUUGCGCAGAGGAGUUUCAGCAGUGAGGACAUCAUGACCUUCUCGGAGGAGAUCGACGAGGAUGUUAACUUUGCCAUGCAGCUAGCGAACAAGGAAUCUUCGAGGCGCUGGAGAGAAUGGUGUGACGGGGCCUGUGCGGGCGGAGCGGGGAAGCUCCACAAGGUCACUCGCGUGCGAGCAGUUCAGGCCCCCGCCACGGUUAACGACUCGGAGAACGGCAUCACAGGGCACCCGCACUUUGUAGUCAAGGAUAUGGAG